AUGGAAAAAAUCUAUGUAUGUGAUUCGGUGUGAAAUUUAACCGACAAAAACUAUCACGCACUCUCAUAACCAUUCACCGAGUCAUCUCCACCGUCCGUUUCCCUAGUUCUUGUCACCCUCAGUGACUCAGACACCGUAGAUCUCGAUGUCUCUGUCACUCUCUGCCUCAACAAUCAUUUCGUAAGUCUCUCCCCAAAUAUUCAAAUCCCUAAAUUCAUACAUAGCAAUUUGCAAAACGAAUCGCUCUUCUUUAGGUACUGUAUAACAACUUUAGGUAUAUACUCUAUUCAAUUCUUCAUUUAUUUUCCCUUUUAUCUUCUUUUUGCUAUCUCUUCAGAUACUUUUUUUAAUUUCCUUUUCGGAUUAUAGAGAACUUUUUUUUUCAUCUGUUGGUGAAAUUUAAUUAGGGUUUUUAUUUGAAUUUUUGGGUCUUUCUCCAAUUUUUAGUUUUUGAAUAACAAUUUUUUUUAUUUUUUUUUGAGUUCAAUUGUUUUUAGGUUUUUGCUAUUUGAGCUUAAUUACAGUAUUGUUGAGUUUUAGGUUGCCUUGAAACAGUAGUUUGCAUUUAUAGUUGCUUUAGGGCAAUACUCUUCAAUUUAUAGUUUUAGGGAACCAUUUUUAUGGCAUUUGAAUGCCAAAAAGUUACUGAGAAUUUGAAAAAUUGUUCAAUUGAACCCUCUAAGAAUCGAGAUAGUUUGGCAUUAGUCUCAGAGAAAGGAAAAUAUUUGUAUAAAUUAGAUGUUAAAGGUAGUAUUGUGAAUUCGAAAUACGAAGAGCUGGUUAGUGUUAAUGAGGUUUUUCCGGAUUGUGGGUCGAUCAAUGAUCUUCCACCGGCAUUGAUUUCGGAGAUACUUAAUUGUUUAGAACCGAAAGAGCUAGGUAUUAUUUCGUGUGCUAGUACGUUAUUGUAUCGUAUUGCGUCUGAACAUCAUGUGUGGAAGGAGUUCUAUUGUGAGAGGUGGGGCCAGCCAAUAUUGCAGGCUGAGGAUUCGGACGAGAAGUCAUGGAAGGAGCUUUUUGUGGAGAAAGAGUUUCGUAGUAAAACGUUCAUGGGACGUUAUACUAUUGAUACGUUGUAUGGUCAUACUGAGGAUGUUAGAGCAGUUUUUGUUUUAUCUUCGAAGAAACUUGUGUUUACUUCAGGGUAUGAUCAAGUAGUGAGAAUGUGGGACUUGGAAGAAGGGUUGUCGAUUACAUCAUCUCGACCUCUUGGCUGCACUAUCCGUGCAGUUGCAGCUGAUUCUAGGCUCUUAGUGGUUGGGGGUACUAGUGGAUUCAUACAUGGUUGGAAAGCGAAUGAAGGAAAUCCUCAUUUGUUUGAUCUUAGAGCACCACCGCAGAACAACCAGAAUAUGGAAUUCGAAGUUUGGGAACAUGAAGGGCCGAUAACAUGCCUUGCGUUGGAUUUCAAUAGGAUGUAUAGUGGUUCAUGGGACAUGAGUAUUCGUGUUUGGGAUCGAUCUUCUUUGGAGUGUUUGAAAGUUUUGAUACACAAUGACUGGGUUUGGAAUCUGGCCCCCCAUGAUACAACAGUGGCGAGCACAGCAGGCUCGGAUCUUUAUGUUUGGGAUACGAAUCAUGGGUCAAAACUUGCUGUCAUCAACAAUGCUCAUGCUGGUUAUACUUACUCUUUGGCGCGAAGCCACACCGGGAAGCUUCUAUUCACUGGUGGGGAAGAUGGAGCCAUUCACAUGUUUGAGAUCUUUGAAAAUACUAGGUAUCAUGUCAGGCGGGUUGCAACUUGGAAUCCUCACUCAAGUUCUGUUUAUUCUCUUGCAUUUGAGUUCCCUUGGCUUGUUUCAGCUUCAAGUGAUGGAAAACUUUCACUUAUUGAUGUGAGAAAGUUGUUGAGAACAAACCGGAAUUCCAUGCUGAAUAAUUCUUCUAAAGCUGACAAUCUAGUUAACAAUGUCGAACCACCACAAAGAAUGCUGCAUGGAUUUGGGACUAAUUUGUUUGCGGUGGAUGUUGGAUCUAACCGUAUUGUGUGUGCUGGUGAAGAAGGUAUUGUCAGGAUCUGGAACUUCUCUCAAGCUUUGGAGAUCGAGGGGCGAGUCCAAGCUCUAAGGGGUUUAAGGUUAGAGAAUAGAAUGAGAAGGCGUAAUGGUAAAGGUAGACGUGGUGAUCAGUGCUCAUUUGAAGAAAAGAAGAACCAAACGGAUGGUGAUAGAAACAGCUGGUACAACAGGCGUAAGAUGACUUGGAGGGUGAAGGCCUAGAAGUGACUGCAGUUUGUCAUUGAUCCUCAGAGUAAUUCUAUUUUGGCAAUACCUAAUCAUGUAUGAAAUGCCAUUUUUUGUUGUUGUUCAAAGCUUCCAUAGACCGUCAUUUCUCCUCUUUCUCAUUUAUAUUGACAUUGAAAUUGAAAGUACAGUCUGUAUCCUUUACAACUCUUUCGCUCAUUUCUCUUAUUUGAUCUCUUUAGUCUGGCACUA